AUGUCAUCGGGAGAUCUUGUUUCAGAGCUCCCGCAUAAUAUGCAAAAGGAAUUUGAGUAUGAUAGGCAUUCUUAUACCCCACAGCCUCGUAGGACUGCAAAAAUAUUUGAUGAUGAUGAAGUAAGUCAAAAAUUAUCUUACAUCGAAGAAAAAGCAAGCCUCAUUGAAGAAAUUUCACAAAAGAAUACACAAGCUCAUUCAAAAUGUAUGAAACUACAGUAUGAAUUAUCAUCAAUUACGAAGACACUUGAUAAAAACGUUGAUUUUAUACUGAAUGCCUGCAAAACACAAGAGGCUGCAAACGAAAAACUCUCAAAUGAGAUCAAUAAUCUUGAGAAAUACCAUGGACGACUCCAAUUUUUGAUCGAUGCCUGUGCGAAUCACGGUAUUGACGUUCGUGAAAUACCAGGAUUAGAUCAAGAUAAGCUCUCUCAGUAUUUCGAUAUACCUCUUCCGAUCGCAAAAGGCGAAAUUUUAGAUCCAACAAUCAAGUUUUUAAUUUCAAAGUACCAAAUAUUCUCGAGGUGUAAAACGAAUCAAGAUUUCGUACGCAAAUGCUAUGCCAUCAAAGAAGAAGUCGAAAAACCAGAAGAAGCAAGAUGGAAUCAUUUACAAGAAAAAGAUCCGGCUGAAAGAAUCUUCUUCCUCAAAAAGUACUUGAGAGAGCUUAGACAAAGUAACGCAACCAUCACUGCAAGAAUGUCAAAAGAAUUAAAAGUAUUAACCGAUGAAAGAGAUGAUCUUCUUCAUCAGAUUGCACAACUACAACAAAAAAGGCGAUCAAAGAAGAAGUAA